AUGUCCACCACCGACGAAACCACCCGAGUUAGCGGCCCCGCCUCCGCCUCUGGAAACCAUGAUCUGACCCCCGGCAUGGAGGCCGCCGUCGCCAUCGUAGCCAUCGCGGUCCUCAUUCUUACAGUGUGGCUCUGUGUCGUGGCCUACAGGGCAUACAUAAAGCACAUGAACAAGAACAAAGGCGCCAACGAAUGGGAUAACGGUCAGAGCCUCGAACUCGGCCAGCGCGCACGUCCCGCGGGUGUUAACGCUGGACAUGGAGCUCAGGAUCUCGGAAUUCUCCAGCAUGAGAUUCAGGCGACUAAGCGCGAAGCGCGGUCGUGUGUUUGCAUGUGA